AUGCGGGGUCAACUGACCGACCGUCCUGCCGUGUCCCUUUGCUUGGUGAAAGAGGCGUCUCAUUCCGCAAAACCCGUGUGCUUGGACCCCCGCACCAGUGGGAAGAUGUCCAUAUCUAUUAUCCGAUGCGAGAACGGAAGAGAACAUGACAUGUAUGACACGGAGCUGCCGCAGCCGCAGGCGUUGCAGUCACCAGAGCAGCAGUUGCAGUUGCAGGGAGACAUUUUUGGAUGGCACGUGUGCGGAUCCGACAAGGCGUUGACUGGACAAAGAGGGAUUUGGAUGCAGAUUGUGGAAGGACAAGUCCUUGUCAUGCAUUUUGUAUCAGAAAUUCAAGAUGUGAGAAACAGAGUUAGCAUGGGUAAUGUGGAAAAACGGUUGGGUGACCCUUGA